AUGUUUAGACGGUCUAUAGGUUUCCUAGCAAUACGCACGUCUAGUUGUGCGGCAGUUACAAAGCCUCUAUAUAGGGCAGCUACUCCCUACUUUAGGAAUUUACCAGGCGUCGCAUGUUCAUUGCAUACUAAUGGAUACCUACAAAACUCACAGAAAAAUGUCUCUGACAAAGAAAAAGGAACUCAUAUAGCUUCAUUUCAGGUGGAGAAACCUCAGUUGAUGAUUGCUUUUACUUGUAAGAAAUGUGAUACCAGGUCAUCACAUUCUAUGUCGAAGCAGGCUUAUACGAAGGGUACAGUCUUAAUUCAGUGUCCAGGCUGUAAGAAUAGACAUCUGAUUGCAGACCACUUGAAGAUUUUUAACGACUCCCGAAUUACUAUUCAGGAUAUUUUACAGGCUAAAGGUGAAUCCGUUUCUCAGAAUAUUGAUGAUUUAGUAUUCGAUGAUAUACCAGAAUCUUUAAAGAAAGUUAUUGGACAUUAUGCGAAAGAUGCGCCUACGGAAAUGCGUGAAAAGUUGGAUAAUGAGACAGUUCACUCACUGCCUUCUGACGAGACAAAAGAGAAUAAAGCUUAA